GGAGUGAAGGAAGGAUAACGAUUACGAAUGAACCUCGACACGGCUCCAAGUGUUUUUCAACUGCGCAUAUUAGUAAGCCCGCCACGACUGUACAAUCCAUUGUCCUGUCUGAUCGAGAAACAGAGUCGAGAGAGGAGAGACCCAUCCCUUUCGAUUUAAUAAAAAUCGAAACCAUUUCUUGUCUCUCUCUCCUUUGCAGUUCCUCCGCACGCCAUUGACAAAUAUUGAAUUGAACCGGUCUCCACCAUCUUCAUCUUGUUUGAAAAACAAAAUCUGUUUUCAUUGCCAUAAAUGUAACCUCGGAGGAGAAGAAGAAGAAGAUAAUUGUAAUUCGUAAAUUGUAUCUCUCUCCUGUCUGCACUCUGGCUUCUGCAAGCAACAGAGAGGGGAGAGAGAGAGAGAAAGAAAUGCCAAGCGUUGCUGUAAAGCUCUACAGUGUAUUCUUUAAAUUCCUACUGAAACACCGUUUGCAGAAACGAACUCAAAGUACAUUUGAUGAUAACAAUCCUUUCGGCGUCACGUCCCGACCUGAAGACCCCGUCGCCGCUGCUAAUCCUUCCUUUACCGAUGGCGUUGCCACCAAGGACAUACACAUAGAUGCCUUCACCUCCCUCUCCGUUCGAAUUUUCCUCCCCGACACCUGCCUCGCCGCCGCUGAUUCUGAAUCUCAUUGCAAUUCUAGGGCUAGGGCUAGGACCUCUUGCAGAUCGUCAGACCUCGAUUCGACAUCUGCCGCUCUCGGUGCAAAUCCCAACCUCCAGAACCUUCGUCGUAGCAGCUAUGGCGUUCCUGGGACGCCCAAAACCUAUUACCCGAAUCGUAGGAACAGCUAUAGUAGCAGCAUCGAUGCUGGGAGCUUGAAUUCUAAGCAUGAGACUGCUUCUUAUAGAGGUUACUCCCCGUCCCUAGAGAAUGACCACCAGACCUGUCGGAAGUUGCCUAUCAUGCUGCAAUUUCACGGUGGCGGAUUUGUUGCGGGGAGUAAAGAUUCCACGGCCAAUGAUUACUUUUGUAGACGGAUCGCCAAGUUGUGUGAUGUAAUUGUCAUCGCCGUCGGCUAUAGGCUUGCGCCAGAGAAUCGUUAUCCGGCUGCAUUUGAGGACGGGUUGAAAGUUUUGAACUGGUUAGGGAAGCAGGCAAAUCUGGCGGAGUGUAGUAAGUUUCUUGGUAGCACACGGGGUGGUGGCGGUUCGGAUCUCAGGAGAUCUGAUAUCUAUCUGCACAUUACUGAUACAUUUGGGGCAUCAAUGGUGGAGCCUUGGUUGGCUGCCCAUGGAGAUCCUUCCAGAUGUGUUCUCCUAGGUGUAAGCUGUGGAGCAAACAUCGCAGACUAUGUGGCUCGGAAGGCUGUGGAGGCGGGCAAACGUCUAGAUCCUGUUAAGGUGGUGGCACAGGUCUUGAUGUACCCUUUCUUUAUUGGGAGUGUUCCAACUCAUUCAGAGAUAAAGUUGGCAAACUCUUAUUUCUAUGACAAAGCCAUGUGCUUACUUGCAUGGAAGCUUUUCCUACCUGAGGAGGAGUUUAGUCUGGAUCAUCCAGCGGCCAAUCCUCUCAUCCCGGGGAGGGAACUACCACUAAAGCAUAUGCCUCCAACACUAACAGUGGUGGCAGAACAUGACUGGAUGCGGGAUCGUGCCAUUGCAUACUCAGAGGAGCUUAGGAAAGUUAAUGUGGAUGCACCUGUUCUUGAGUACAAGGAUGCCGUUCAUGAGUUUGCAACACUUGACAUGCUCCUCAAGACCCCACAAGCCCAGGUCUGUGCUGAGGAUAUUGCAAUCUGGGUGAAGAAGUAUAUCUCAGUUAGAGGCCACGAGUUCUCUUAUUAGUUAGGUGAAAGAAAGGCCAGCAACAGCUGUAGCAGGAUUAACAAUUUUGUAUCAUUCAAAGGCCCCCGAACUUCUCCCACAACUCAGACUCCUUGUAACUUGGAUACGUGGUUCAUGCUAAUUUAGAGGAUUUAUUUGUAGGUGAUAUUUUACAUUUUUUCCUCCUUUUUGUAAGAUAGACAGUUUGUUUGAGAUCAAGAUAUAGUUUGGGCAAUGAGAUGCAUUUCUUCCCCUGUUGAACACUCUUUUUGUUCAUGUUCUUUCUUAUAUGUCCUUUUUCUCUGUGAGAUGUAUUAUUUAUGUGAUGAAUAUAAUCAAUCAAACGAGAUGCAUUCCUUUUC